AUGGGUCAUCAGCAGCUCUACUGGCGCCAUCCCAGGAAAUUUGGCCAGCGUUCUCAUUCUUGCUGCAUCUGUCCAAACCAGCACAGUCUGAUCCGGAAAUCUGGCCUUAAUAUGUCCCAGUGUUUCCAUCAGUAGGGGAAGGAUAGAGGCUUUAUUAAGCUGGAGUAA